CCCGCCCCCAUCUUCUGCCUCUCUGACUGGUUCUGCUAUAUAUUACAGGAUGCCCGAAAAGCAUGUGGGGAUUCAACACUGACCCAGAUCACAGCUGGGCUGGACCCAGUGGGGAGAAUCCAGAUGAGGACACGGAGGACCCUCCGUGGGCACCUGGCAAAAAUCUAUGCGAUGCACUGGGGGACAGACUCAAGGCUGCUGGUCAGCGCCUCCCAGGAUGGGAAGCUCAUCAUUUGGGACAGCUAUACCACCAACAAGGUCCAUGCCAUCCCGCUACGUUCCUCCUGGGUUAUGACCUGUGCCUACGCGCCCUCAGGGAACUUUGUAGCCUGUGGGGGGUUGGACAACAUCUGCUCCAUCUACAGCCUCAAGACCCGUGAGGGCAAUGUCAGGGUCAGCCGGGAGCUGCCUGGCCAUACUGGGUACCUGUCCUGCUGCCGCUUCCUGGAUGACAACCAAAUCAUCACCAGCUCUGGGGACACCACCUGUGCCCUGUGGGACAUUGAGACAGGCCAGCAGACAGUGGCUUUUGCUGGACACAGUGGGGAUGUGAUGUCCUUGUCGCUGGCCCCCGAUGGCCGCACCUUCGUGUCAGGUGCCUGUGAUGCCUCUAUCAAGCUAUGGGAUGUUCGGGAUUCAAUGUGCCGACAGACCUUCAUUGGCCAUGAAUCCGACAUCAAUGCUGUGGCUUUCUUCCCCAACGGCUAUGCCUUCACCACUGGCUCUGAUGAUGCCACGUGCCGCCUCUUCGACCUGCGGGCGGACCAGGAGCUCCUCAUGUAUUCCCAUGACAACAUUAUCUGCGGCAUCACCUCUGUUGCCUUCUCUCGCAGUGGCCGGCUGUUGCUUGCUGGCUAUGACGACUUCAACUGCAACAUCUGGGAUGCCAUGAAGGGCGACCGUGCAGGUGUCCUCGCCGGCCAUGACAACCGUGUGAGCUGCCUCGGGGUCACAGAUGAUGGCAUGGCUGUGGCCACAGGUUCCUGGGACUCCUUCCUCAAGAUCUGGAACUAACAGCCCCAACCCCAACUGGGCCCGGCCAGGAGGGGCCUUGCCCACGCCCACACUACAGGCCGGGAGCUUUGGGGCUGGGGCACAUGAGCCUCCCUCCCCUGGCCAUAGGGCCUUGGGUCCCUGCUCCCCUACCCAGGUUUGGUUCCUCCCGGGGCCCCCACUGUGGAAAUAAAGAUGGGAAUAGAAUGGGGGAAGAGAGGCAGAAAGCCCUCCUUCUUUAGCUGCCCUGGGGUCAGGGCCUCAUCCCCCUGGAGGGUCAGAGGCAGGAGGUAGAAACUCCAGGGGCUGGCUUUUUUAAAACUGGUUUUAUUUUAAUUUUUAUUAUAUUUUCAGUUUUUCCAUAAAGGAACCAAUUCCAACUCUGUA